UUUCAUGGAGCCCCCAUUGAAGUACAUAUAGCAGAGUCAAAAACCAAGGAUUUGAAUGAUCAUUCAUAUGCUCAACAGAAUGGCUUUGAAGCAAAUUCAAGCACGGUACCUGGGGUGUAUGAUGAUGUGGAUUGUGGUGGAGGUAGAGGUAUAAGUCGUGGUGAUGCUUCAGGACAGUCAUGGCAGAAAGAUGGAGACUGGAUGUGUCCAAAUACAAGGUCUUUGGUAUGACAAUGCUCGACCUGCUGGUGCUGGUGGAACAGGUGCUGUUGGUGGUAGAGGGAGGGGCCGUGGUGGUGGUGAUACUGGGGAACGUGCCCGUCAUGUUGGUGGUUCUAUGGGGCUCUUUGGUUCAAAUGAGUGGCCCUGUCCAAUAGGAGGCUGUGCUGGUGGAUACAAGGAACUUGAUGAAGAAGAGAUAGAGGAAACAAGGCGACGACGGAGAGAAGCUGAUGAGGUAGAUGAUCUUUUAACCUUCUAUGGUGAUCUUUUUUCUUUAAUCUUUGGAUUCUAA